ACAGAACAAACUGGCUGUAGGCUUGCUGGUAGAAUAGCCAUAAUACUCAGCAUGUGCUCUUGAUCUCUGAUGACAUAUAAUGGUCAUUUUAUGAUCUAGUAGGCCUACACUCUUACGUCACAUUGCUAAGCGUGACGUCUUUCGGAACACCAGAACAAGAACAAAAUGGAGGAAUACGCAAGAGAGCCAUGUCCCUGGAGAAUCGUGGACGAUUGUGGCGGUGCCUUCACAAUGGGGGCCAUUGGUGGUGGGAUUUUUCAGGCUGUCAAAGGCUUCAGAAAUGCCCCUUCAGGAAUGAACCACAGAAUGAAGGGUAGCAUGACUGCCAUCCGCACCAGAGCUCCACAAUUGGGAGGUAGUUUUGCUGUAUGGGGAGGCCUGUUUUCUAUGAUUGACUGUGGACUCGUGAAAGUUCGAGGCAAAGAGGAUCCCUGGAAUUCAAUUACAAGUGGAGCCAUGACCGGAGCUAUUCUUGCUGCAAGAAAUGGACCAGUGGCCAUGGUCGGUUCUGCUGCCAUGGGAGGCAUAUUGCUGGCUCUGAUAGAAGGCGCUGGAAUACUUCUUACCAGAUUUGCUUCGUCACAGAUUCCUACCGGUCCCCAAUUUGCAGAAGAACCUGCCCCAGCCCCCAUGGCUGCAUCUGGUUUUGGAGAUUACAGGCAAUAUCAAUAAGGACGGGAAUCUCUUGACAUCAAUUAGGUUUUUUGGAAUUACUUGUGGAAACUAUGAAGAAGGAAAAGAAGGUUAAAAAGAAUAUGGGGAACAUGGGCAGCAAUUUACACCAAUUUGCACCUUCAAUGGACUGACCAAAGCAGGGAGCAAAAUACAUCAUUGUUUUCCUUCAUUUUGGAUCCAAGUUAUAGACUCGUCAUCUUGUUUUACUCAGCCAUGUCAUGUUCUCCCGACAUUGGUAAAACACAAAUAACUUGGCCCGUCAUCCAUAUUGGCCGUGCAGUACUGAUCGACUCUUAAACUACUGGAAAAUCGACCCAUGUCACAGAUGGAAGCUGUUGAAUUGUAUAAUGUCUAUUCAAUGUAUAUAUACAGUAAAUAUUCAGCAUGUAUUCAAAUAUUUGCCUUAAAGAUGUCGCCUGCUUGGGCUGGCCGCUUUGUGAACCCAAAACAGCCACGCCUCCUUAUUUGUUUUUAUUCCAUUGUGAUGGCAGUCAUUGAUUAUCCUUGUUAUCCCUGGAGUAUCUGAUUUUAAAGAUCUUUAUUUAUUCUUAGUCUGAAAGUGUUGAGAUUGUUAUAUCUACUGGUGUGUUUCUUUUUUUUUAACACCAGCAUAGUAAAGUUGCUAAUAAUAAGGGAUUGCAUUGGCAGGACACGAUGAGGAAUGGUUUAUUACAAAUAACAUCACAUGUGAGACAUGGAAUCCUACCAAAAUAAAUGUCUCCAUCUGUCUGUUUGUUAA